AUGUCUGCUGCCGAAGCCACCGAACCCAAGGUCGAGGAGACCACGGCCCCUGCGCCUGAGGCCACCGAGACCAAGACCGAUGCCCCUGCCCCUGCCGAUGCCGAUAAGCCCGUCACCCAGUCGGCGGUCUUCUCCAUGUUCGGCGGCGGUGCGAAGAAGGAAAAGAAGGUCGAGGACGAGGAUCGCGGUGACAACUCGGGCAGCAAUAAGGCCCAGCGUGAGGCUGCUGCCGCUGCUGCCGACGAGAAGAAGGAGGGCGGCGAUGAGGAAGCCCCCGAAGAAGCGGAGGAUGUCCACUUCGAGCCUGUCGUCAAGCUCACCGAGCAGGUCGAGGUCCGUACCAACGAGGAAUCCGAGGAGCAGCUGUUCAAGAUGCGGGCCAAGCUGUUCAAGUUUGUCAAGGAGUCGAGCGAAUGGAAGGAGCGUGGCACGGGCGACGUCCGCCUGUUGAAACACAAGGAGAAUGGAAAGACUCGCCUUGUCAUGCGUCGGGACAAGACGCUCAAGGUCUGCGCCAACCACUACAUUGUUCCCGAGAUGAAGCUUUCUCCCAAUGUCGGCUCUGACCGCAGCUGGGUCUGGAACGCUGCCGCCGAUGUCAGUGAGGGCGAAGCCGAGGCCGUCACCCUGGCCAUCCGCUUUGCCAACUCGGAGAAUGCCAACCUCUUCAAGGACUCUUUCCUCAAGGCCCAGAAGGAGAACGAGGAGGUGUUCAAGAAAGCCCAAGACGAUCCGGAACGACCACAGCAGGUAGAGGGCUUUCCUAUGCGCAAAUGGUCGGUUUCACUCUAUGUCCUCGACGAGAAUGGAGAUCAGCAUCCGGCCGACUGCUUCCAGCGCGUCACCUACAACCUUCACCCCUCGUUUGAGAACCCGGUCCAGACCUUCACCAAGCCGCCAUUUACCUGCGAAAACGAAGGAUGGGGUGAAUUUGAGAUGUCAAUUGACUGCUACACCACAGAGAAGUCGAAGCAGAGCAUCCCGCACGACCUCAACUUCCAGUCCAACCACUACGAGAACGACCACACUGUUACCUUCAAGAACCCCAGCCAAGCCCUACAGCAGAUCCUGCGCGAGACGGGACCCUUGCCUAGUGACGAGGACCGUGUGAAGCGCAAGGGCACCGCGGGACCUAAAAAGCCCAACCAAAAAUACGACUACGAGAAGAUCGCGGACGGUCUCGGAAAGUUGAAGGAGGACGACCUCCUGCAUGUCAUCCAGCUUAUUAAUGAUAAUCGCACGGAAGAUAUGUAUAUUAAAACUGAUGUCGAGUCGGGCGAGUUCUCAAUCGACCUGUACUCCAUGUCGGACUCGCUCACCAAAAUGCUCUGGGACCAUUUGACCAAGAAGGGCAUGAUCAGCUAA